AUGAGAUCAGAAUUUAUAGAAGCACAGAUUGUUGAAAGGACUCCUACACAUAAUCCUAAUCAUACAUUACAAGGAUAUGAUGACUUCUGUUCCAAUGUUCCUCAAUUAACAUCCAGUGGAUAUUUAGAAGCAAUGAUUCAAUAUGUUAAAUAUUGUAUCGGUGGAAGUCAUAAUGAAGAAAUGUUACAAAUCUUAACUAUAGAAUUGACAGAAUUAAAUUCACAUAAUUUAUUAAAAUUAAAUGAAUUGAUUAUACUCAUUUGUGUAUAUACAGCAAUGAUUCUAUUUGGAUCAUGCGGUUCUUUACUUGUGGUAUACACAGUGAUACGAAAGCCUAAAAUGCGUACACCACGAAAUUUAUUUAUUGUAAAUUUAGCCAUCAGUGAUUUAAUUCUAUGUCUGUUUACACAACCAUUCAAUUUACUGCGUAUAUUAUAUUGGCAUUAUGAUUGGAAACUAGGUCAGAUUAUGUGUAAAUCAGUUGCUGUAGGACAAGCAACAAAUAUAUUUAUUUCAACAAUCAGUAUUAUUGCUAUAGCAUUAGAUCGUCUACAAGUAAUUGUUUAUCCAACAAAGAAUACUGUUAAAAAUACUGGUGCAAGUGUUAUUAUCCUUGUAAGUUGGUUAUUUUCAUUGAUAAUGGCUAGUCCGAUGUUUAUUUUCACAUCGGUUAGUGUGGAUACUAUUCGACCGAAUGGUCAUAUAUGCAGUGCAAGCACAAUACAAAGUGAAUGGUUACGUCAAAGUAAAUACAUUUAUGGUAUUAUUACAAUUGUUUUUCAAUAUUGUCUACCAUUAACAUUGGUCAGUUAUGCAUAUAUACGUAUUUGUUUGAGAAUACGUCAACGACAGUUCAAUGUAGUAUUACGUAAACCUACACCAGCUAUAAUAACUUCUGAAUUAAUAUCAGGCAAUCAGUUGGAUUUUAUUGAAAUUGAUGAACCAGAUUGUAAUUUCAGUGAUAAUAAAUUGAAACCAGACAGUCGAUUAACAUUAAAUUUACCAUCUAACAAUCUCUCAGAUUCUUCUCCUGCAGAUAGUUGUAAAAAUCGUAACUUCAAUCCUAUACGUUGUUAUAAAUUAGCUAUGUCCUCCACGUCGACUUUAUCGUGUGAAACUACUAAUUUCCGACAAAAAACAGACAAUUCACGAUUCAAGCUAAUUCAACGACGUCAAACACGAACAAACACACUGCUUGCAUCAAUUACACUCUUAUUUGUACUGGCUUGGUUACCUUUGCAUAUUUUUAAUGCUGUUAUGGAUCAACGUGAAUCAAGAAUACUUAGAGAGCCGUUCGAUCUAACCACACUACCACAAUCAGAUAUAUUGAAUAAAAAUAUUACAAUGGAUUCUCUAUUCGAUGAGACAUAUCAACAUUUGAGCCAAAAUAUGAACACAUUCACAUUAUUACCAGAGCAUAAUCAUACAGAAACAAUCAUCAAAGAAUAUGGUAUUGGUAGGAAAAUUACACUGAUACAUUCUUUUUGUUUGUUAUGUGUUCUAGUGUCAGCUUGUGCAAAUCCUGUUCUGUAUGGUUGGUUAAAUGAAAACUUCCACAGAGAAUUCAUACUAAUGUUUCCAAUAUUGUUUCGCUCGAAAAAACAAAUUUCAUCUGUUACAGUAGGUGUUGAUCAUAAUUACGCCAGUGUGAUACAAUGA